AUGCUCAACUGGGCCGACUCCCAAACCCUCCCCAACGGGCUCUUCAACCUCGCAGAUGAAUCCUUCGGCGGCGACUGGAACUACUACGACACACCACAGUCCGACCUAAACGCCUACAUCCUCUCCUCGACCUUCACAACCGGCUUCGCACAAGACGCAAACGCUCUCGCCAUCUUAGCCGGCGUGCCCCCUUCACCCAACGCCACAUCCUCGAUCCUCUCCACCCUCGCAAGAGACCUCAUCCUCCCCUCUGGCCCCCUAGCCUUCUCAAACUCUACCACAUCCGCCGGCUUCGCGCAGAAGAUCAGUCCUUACGCAUCGUCCUACCACCUCCGCGCAGCACUUUCCACUCGUGACGCGUCCACAGCUCUAACCCUCCUCAAGACCCUCUGGGCACCAAUGGCCGAUCCCAAGCACGAGAAUUACACAGGCUGCUUCUGGGAGACACUGAACCCAGAUGGCACACCCGGUCUAGGCGUCGUAACCUCCCCCUGCCACGGCUGGGCUGCAGGCCCGACAGCGGAACUGAGCCGGUACAUUCUGGGCAUCCAACCUGUUGCGCCCGGGUUCGCGGAGUGGAAGGUUGAGCCGCAGACGUUGGGGCUGGGGUGGGCUAAGGGACGGUAUCCGACUGUGCGUGGAGAUAUUGAUGUCGAGUGGAGGUUUGAAGGCGGGAUGUAG